GCAAUGCUCAUUUUCCCUGUUUGCUGCUAAAAUUUGGAACUUUUUUUGUGCUGAAUUCUUUCUCUCUUAUUGGAAGAAGCAUAGAGAAUAAAGUGGGAAAGGGGGAUAGAAGAAUCAAGGCAUCUUUUGCUAAAGAUAGUGGGAGAAGUGAAAAUAAGCAAACAAGAAAAGAAAAGAAAGCUCAUUUCUCUCUAAAUAUCCAAUCUUGGAGAAGGGUUUCUCGGCAUUAUGGGUUUGAAAUUGAAUAUCGCAAUUUGCAAUGUGAUUUUUGUGGUGUUAUUGAGCUCAUGGGUUUCUAGUGUGGAAGCUUCUGUUUCUUAUGAUUCAAGGGCCAUUUCUGUGAAUGGGGAGAGGAAGAUUCUUAUUUCUGGAUCAAUACACUAUCCAAGAAGCACUCCUGAGAUGUGGCCAGAUCUUAUUCAGAAGGCAAAGGAAGGGGGAGUUGAUGUGAUUCAGACUUAUGUUUUUUGGAAUGGGCAUGAGCCUGAACCUGGAAAGUAUUAUUUUGAGGAGAGGUAUGAUUUAGUGAAGUUUAUUAAGCUGAUUAAGGAAGCUGGGCUUUAUGUUCAUCUCAGAAUUGGCCCUUAUGCUUGUGCUGAGUGGAAUUUUGGAGGUUUUCCAGUUUGGUUGAAGUAUGUUCCAGGCAUUAGUUUCAGGACAAAUAAUGAGCCUUUUAAGGUUUGA